AUGACACAAAACCUUGUUGUACUCUACUACAAAUAUGUGCGUAUUUGUGAGACGCAGGUUGAGUUAAGAGCCUUUGCAAAGACCCAUGAACUAUUGUGCUCAACCUUGAAUCUUACUGGUCGCGUACGACUCGCACUUGAAGGUAUCAACGGCACGUUGGGAGGCUCAAGUGUCAAUGUACAGCAAUACAUCAAAACCAUGCAACAGCAGCCUCAAUUUAUCGACGUGGAUUGGAAAACCAGUCAAUCAGACGUGACACCAUUUCCAGAUCUGCAAGUGCGCGUCGUAGCGGAGAUCGUGGCACUAGAGCUGCCAGACCAUGUCUACGACUUGACGCAACGAGGCCGACACUUGACACCUGAACAAUUUCGAGCCGAGCAAUUGAAUACCGAGCCUGAAUCCAUUGCAAUCAUUGACGUUCGUAACACGUACGAGUUCCAGGUCGGUCAUUUUGCAGGAGCCUUGAACCCCAAGACUCGUCGGUUUGGGCAGUUUCCGCAAUGGGCGCGACAUGAACUGCCUCUGCUAAAGCAGAAAAGCAAGGUGCUCAUGUACUGUACAGGUGGUAUCCGUUGUGAAAAGGCCUCGGCUUAUCUCAAGCACCUCGGUCUGCCAAACGUCUACCAGCUUCAAGGAGGCAUUCAUCGUUAUCUUGAACAGUUUCCGGAUGGAGGUGGCAUUUUCCAGGGCAAGAACUUUGUUUUUGAUCAACGGGUAACCAUUGCUUCGGAGGAUCAGUCAAUCACGGGUCAAUGUGAGCGCUGUCACGUGCCACAUGACACACUGUCGGGUACUCGUUGUGCCUACUGCCGCAUGCACGUACUCGUAUGCGAAUUAUGUCGUGCGGACGCCAAAGCUCGAGGAGAGACUGACGACGACGUGUUUUGCAACGAGCAUUUGCUUUUGGUCUCCGGGUCGCUGGAAGAGCUGCAAACGCGAGCAAAGGCGCUUCAAGAGUCGCUGUUGAACGAGCAUGGCCGUAGUAAAAAGGGUCGUCGUCGAUCACUACGCAAGCAGUUAAAAACCGUCGAGUAUCGGAUACAGCGUUUUGCACAGUCCUAA